GCUAUUGUUAGGUUAGGUUUCAAAUAUACACUUGUGCUUCAAUGAAAUGAACAAUUAGUUAUUAGUAGUGUACACUUUGAUUUUGUUGUUCCAAGAUGUUUGGAAGAGUUUCUUCACUUGUGACGAUCUUGAUUUUGGCUCAAACUGGAAUUCUGAAUUCUCACCAUGAAGCAGCUCACUGGAGUUGCGAUUCCAACACCGACAUCCAUGUUCAAGCCCACUUCAACCCAGGAAGAAUUACCCUCGAUGGCCAAGUUGAUGACUGGAAAGAUAUUGAUGGCUCUGCAUUUUCUGUUUUACCUGCUUUAGACCCAGAUGCAGAUAAGGCAUACAAUCGUGGGAAAAUGACCGUCAAGGUGUCACAUGAUGGCAAAGAGGUAUUCUUCAUGUUGCAAGUCGAUGGGGAUUAUACAUAUGCUGAAGGAUACAGUAACAAGACUGCAUCAGUUGCUUUUAUGUUUCAAAUUGGUGAAAAUGCGUCUUAUCAUAGAAUGGGCGGGUGCGAAGAAGGACCAGAUACUUGCACGAACAAGUCAUGCAAGUGCCAUGAAGUUGACCUUAUGCAUUUCUCAAUAGGAAAGGCAAUUCCUGGAAGACUUUAUGGAGGGAACCUGGUAGAUAACAGUGAGGGAAAUGGGGGUGACAGGUUUGGUCAUUUGGUUGAUUUGUAUUGUUGGAACCCACACUGCCGUUAUUUGGAUGGCUAUGGUCCAUCAGUAAAUGAUACUAGUGCACAGAAUGAUUGGAAAGGAACAUGGUGGCACAGUAGCUUGACUCACUCAGGUUUUAUUAAGGAUGACAGCCCAUAUUCGUCCAGCAACCAAUCCGGUGCAUAUUACUUUGAAUUUUCCAGGCCGCUGAGAACAACGGAUCGCCUUCAACAGGAUGCUCAGUUCACAAUUGGCAAAACAAGUAAGAUGUCUGUGGCAUUUUGGUACCCCGUGGAUGGAAAACCGUGGCACGGGUCUGGUCACUUUUCAAUUAGCUGUGAUUGGAUACUGUUGGAUAUCUUGCCAGAUAGUUCUGAGCUCACCAAGGUGCCACAGAGAAGUUCUUGGGAUACUGCUACAGCAUUCUCUCUUCUCUUUUCAGUAGUGGCUUUUUGUACAUCCAUCUUUGUUGGGCAUAGAGUCUCAAGAACCAAGAACAUCCCUUUUACACCAAUGAACAGUCUUUAAAACUGGGGUAGUUUCCUGCAGAUGGGGAAAAACAGUUUGCACUCAUUUUCUUCCUAGAAUUAGGUAACACGUCUGCAUUUUUGCCAAGAUGUUUGCAUUUUGCACUUACAAUUGGAAUUCGUGGUCAGAUAACCUUUUUGCUUUCGAGGUGACUAUCGAUUAGCUAUGAAGUUCAUUCUUGAUUCUAGUCCUGUUUUGUGGUUAAAUAAAGAAACUUAACACACUUGGAUUUUACAA